GUUGGCGGUAGCACGUAACACGUUUCGGUAUUAAUCGGCCAACACCUCAUCAGCAGAGGAUCAUCGGCUAAUUGAACUAAAUUUUCACAACAAGUAUUUCUCAUUAGUCAGUAUAUAUGGAUUCAAAUAAAUGAUCUACGAAAAGUGUGUGCAAUACCUAAGUGUCAAAAGUAUCCGACGGGAAGAACUAUACUAUCGAGCUAGUGAUGAAUACUUUCAGUGCAUAUUAGUGAUAAUGAAGUUGAACAAUAAGUGGAGUAUGUUACUUCUGGAGAGCUUUUCAUGUUAGUGCAACGGAGCUCUACUCUAACUUUGUCCACAAUCCCAAUCAUGAUGCCUAUGGCACCGACACCAAUAGUGGCAGUGCCUUCCAAACCCAAAAUCGGAUUCUCUAUUGAUUCUAUCGUCGGUGGUGCCAACCAGGGAAGCCCCCAACACUCGCCGGUACAGUAUUCUGAAAGUUCUGCGCCUUUGUCGCCAAGCAGUGAUAUAGAUAAUAGGCUAAAUGGUUCUCCGAAGCACUUCUCCUCCUCACCUCAUCGGUCGCCUGACAGUUCACCGAAACCACCUAUCAUGGUGCCCGGAAUCCCUGCUCACACAUUGGUCAGACCAAACCCGACUUACGAUCCGAACUUGGUGGUUCCAAAAAACGGGUUUUUGCAGCCCGAGAUGAUACACAACCACGGGCAGCACCCUUUUGCUCUCGCAGCGCACUUUCAAGGCGCAGCGCUUGCUGCUGCAUUAAGUUCCGGGCAACACGGGUUUCCCGGACAACCUUCACCUAUUGCCCAGCACGCGCAGCCUAGAGACAGUUAUCCCUUGUAUCCCUGGUUAUUAUCAAGGCACGGAAGGAUUUUUCCACAUAGGUUUCCUGGAGGUCCUGACAUACCUGGAUUUCUUCUGCAGCCAUUUAGGAAACCAAAAAGGAUAAGGACGGCCUUCAGUCCUUCACAAUUACUCAAGCUGGAACACGCUUUCGAGAAGAACCAUUAUGUAGUAGGGGCCGAGAGGAAACAGUUGGCACAGUCUUUAUCGUUAACGGAAACUCAGGUCAAAGUUUGGUUCCAGAAUCGACGAACAAAACACAAGCGGAUGCAGCAAGAAGAAGAAGCCAAGACAAAUUCCGGUAAUAAGUCCGGAUCGCCCAGUAGUGCACAAAAUCACCAUAUGAGCAAAUGGAAAGAAGAAACAGCGGACGAUUAUGGAGAGUAUAUCGAUAUGGACAUGGAAGAUGAAUGUGUUAGUGAUGUAGAAAGUGAAUCAUAGACUCGGUCAGAAGAAUCUCCUGUAAAUACUUUAAAUUCCAGUCGACAGUAUAAGUAGUGAAAUAUGGCAAAUGAAAUGAAAACCCACCUAUACUUAUCAACUAUCGAAACCCUGGUAGGUAGAUGAAAUGCAAAAAAUAAUGGAAGUUUUUCAAAUGACACUCCGUAAGAGACAUUCAAUAACUCACUAGAUAUUGGACUAAAUCCAAUGCAGUUAUUCACUUGAUAUCAAUGAGGAAUAAUUUAGCAAAAACUGAAGAUUUGAUACGUGGCUAAUGAACGGAAGCUCUUUAUAUAUUUAAUGAACACAAAUCUCAAGAUAAUUUUUUUUUCUGCGAAUUGAUUGGGAAAGAACAUGGAGUAUGUUUAAGUGCUGAAGCUAUAUUCAGGAUAUUAUUCGAACAAUGUAGGUCUCGUCAUUUCAUCAGGCAUUUGAUGAGUACCUCAAAAUUCCGUGAAUAAUUCAUUCCAUAUUUUCGGACUUUUCAAUAGUAGAAGUGUCAUUGCAGUCAAUAGGUACAUUAUAUUCGAAUUCCCAAACAUUCAAGUGGAUACGGCACCGUCAUUUGUGUAGCCGCGCUAGUAAAAUGUUGCUUCAGCUUCGUGUGAACAUGGUGGUUUAUCAAUAACGACAGCAAAAUGGUGUAAUUAAUUAGUUGGAAUUUUUCCGAGGUGAAGUGAAAAAUUCAAAAUUGGCAUACAAUGGUUAUUCAUUGAAUUCACGGAUAAAUAAUAAUCUGAAUAUAGCAAAAUGUUCCUAUAUUUCCAUGCAGUUUCGAAUGUUUAUUGGAAUUUCACAUAUCUACUAUAUAAAGAGGCAAUUGCUAUUGAAUAUUUUCAAUAUUCCCGAUACCUAUUUUUGUGACACGUACGGAAAUCUCCUGAAACUUUCUCACUUCAAAAUAAGUAGUAUGGCCAUUCCGAAGUCAAUUGCAACAGCUUCAGCAAGAAGGAAUCUCAAAGUCUUAGUCUAUAAAAAAUAAGUGAUUUCUCUGAGUAUUUGAGAUUUUAUCUUCCUGUUUCCAUGAAAAGGAAUUGUUAUUUAUACACCAAGUUGUAUAUUGAAAUUUUCUCGUCACAAGUGACAUAUUUUGAUUUCUAUGGUUUCGUGGAACUGAUCCCAAUGACAUCAUAUGUCAAGUCGUUUCAUCAUUGAUGAAUACCUACCAUAUAUAGAUUCGCAAUACAUACUUGCGAACCUCGGGUCAGAACAGUGAAUUCUGGUUGAUUAUAAGCUAAGUCUUUACUCAGGUACUAGUAGGUACUAGUAGUUCAUACAAAGCCUUGAAAAGGAGUAUAUAAUGGUAGGUUGUAUGGCUAAUGGUGGAAAAAAAGUACUCAUAGUAAGAAAAGAUUAUAUUAUAUAACACUUCAAAAUGACACUGAGUUCAGUCAAUCGAUAGUUAGUUACACCUUGCUUCGAAAAUAUUUGAGGAAUCUGCUCCGAUUUUCAACAUGAAAAUGGAAAAUGAUUUAUUUCACCACUAACUAUACUAGUCAAUAAAGACAUAGCAACCUCUGAUAUAAUUAACCCGAAUUCUCUGCUCUAAUGCAAGAUUCGCUGGAAUGGCAUUGGAAUCUAGAAGGUAUUCAUCAAGAACGACUUGUCAUAUGCUGUCAUGUUCAUGGCUACUAGAUUUCAACCAAAAUUGGAAAGAAACUCAUUCAAAGUGACAAUAGGUCUUUAUUAAAGUUUCACAGAAAUGAAGUGAUUGAAAUAUACUAGUGGUGGAAUUGGUAGUCAAGAGUAGCAUAACCACGGGACCCUAUAACCCUCGGCUGAUGUCUCGGAAUAUAAUCUUGGUCCCUGGGUGAUACUGAUAUUCGUUAGAACCUUGGAGUAUAAAUAACUAUUUUAUCAUAAUUGGUCCUUUCGAUUUCGUCAAUUGAUUCAGUUACAUGGGUUGACAGAAAAAUAUUAGUUGAAGAGUGUUUCUACAAAUGAUUUCGAAUUCAUCAUCACCAACUUCAGAUUUUGGGAGUGAAUAUUAUGUUCUAUCUGUAUCAACCGAACAGUAAGCAAUAGCAUUAAAUUAUGUUUUGGAGAAUGCAAGAUGAUAUGAGGAUAUUCCUCCCCCUCGAUUAACCUACAAAUAGUAUCUAUGUAAUUAGAGCAACAAUCAACUACCUACUCGAAUGUUACAUAUAGCAAGUCAGGAUGCUUAUUAGUCCAACAUCUUUUGUGUAAUACCCAUGUAUGAUUUCUGCCAUAUUUCAUUGCUUUUGCUGAUCUGACAUAAGUACAAAUGAUAAAGGCUUUGUAACCAAACCUAUUUGGUAAAACUCGACGCAGUUGCAAUAAACUUCUUUGGACAUUUGAAGUGCCAAUAUUCUUGUGCCAAAUUUUUGUUUUGUUGGAUUUUUUGUAUAAAGUAUCGUCAUUCGAAAUGAUCAGUGUAUAUAAUUAUUUAUUGCAGAUCUACAAAACUUAAUAUUUAUUAUUUUCCUCUAUGAAUGUACAUACUUAUUCAGCUAUUUUGGAUGAAUCUGUUCGAAUCCAAAGUAGAUAUGUUAAAAUGAUAGGAAUUUCAAAUCGUGAAGUAUGAUUCAUGAUGGUAGAUUUCCAUUGUACCCUUUGUGAUGUGUGUUCGACUAUUUUAAUAUAUCUACCUAGUGGUCCCUGAAGUAAUACACGUGUGUGAGAAAAAGGCAGAGUGUCUGUGUAUCUAUAUAUCUGGCUGUUGAUAUUAUUUUCUAUCUGUACAUUCGAAUUACUGGUGAAGUUUUUAGUGCAGGUACUAAUCUAGAAAAAAGUACUGAAAACUUCUAAAGAGAAUCUGAAAGUCUAGAAAAUCUUAACUGUGUUACUACUUCAAACCUUGUAUUAUAUAAAAUGAAGUAUUCCU